AUGCUGCUCAAUGCAAUCAUUCUCGUUCUAGUUUUCACAUGGUAUCGAGCAGGUUCCCUCGUGGGAACUGUUCCUAGGGCCCACCGACUUUUUUUUCCUGCCCGGAGCGCACUCCGCCCCUGCCCGAGUCGCGCUCCCCUCUCACUGCCCUUAGCGGCCCCGUCGCGCCGUCCUUGCGGCCCCGUCGCGUCGCCCUCGCGGCCACGGCGCCGCCUCUACUGGCCCCGUCGCCCUACCCUCGCGACCCCGCGGCCCCACCCUCGUGACCCCGGCGUCGCCCCUCGCGGCUUCGUCGCAGACGCCCGCGACCCCACCGCCGCCCGUAGCGGCCCCAUCGCCCUUCGCGCCGCCCGCGACCUCGUCGCCGCGGCCGCCCGCGACCCUGCCGUCGCAGCCGCCCGCGACCCCGUCGCCGCAGCCGCCCGCGACCCUGCUGUCGCAGCCGCCCGCGACCUAGUCGCCGCAGCCGCCUGCGAUCCCGUCGCCGCAGCCGCCCGCGACCCCGUCGCAGCCGCCCGCGACCCCUGUCGUCACACCCGUGCGACCCCACCGCCGCCCUUCGCGGCCCCGUCGCCACACCUUCGCGGCCCCGCCGAGCAGCCGAGCCGCCGAGACGCCGGCGCCGCCGAGCCGCCGCUGCCGCUGAGCUGCAGGCGCCGCCAAGCGGCUGUUGCCGCCGAGCUGACGAGCCGUCGAGCCGCCACUGCCGCCGUGCUGCCGAGCCGCCGAGACGCCGCUGCCGCCGAGCUUGUCCUCACUUUUGACGCUGAGGGUCGGGCCAUUGACUUUGACGUCUGGGUAGAUGACCUGCAGCUUUUCCUGCUGAGCGAUAGAGCAGACGGUCUCUCCCUCUUUGACCUCACCUCUGGUGCCUCUCCUGCCCCUGCUGCUGAUGCUGACGCCACUGUUCGCUCACAGUGGGCCACGCGCGAUGCUGCUGCCCGCCUUGCUGUGCGCCGCCACUUGCCGACCGCUGAGCGUGCGCACUUUAGUCAGUACAAGAGUGCUAAGACCUUGUACGACGCUGUAGUUGCUCGCUACUCUUCCCCUGCCACUGCUGCGCUUAGCCGCCUCAUCCUACCGUACCUCUUCCCUGACCUCGCCGCUUUUCCCACUGUCGCUGACCUCAUUACGCACCUUCGCACUAGUGACACUCGCUAUCGCGCGGCGCUUCGUGCUGAGUUCUGCGCCAAGAACCCCCCCCCCAUGUACAUCACCCUCUACUACAUAGUCACCCGGCUCCCUGACACCCUUCGCCCGGUCAGGGACCACUUCCUCUCUGUUUGCCCCACCACCCUCACCGUUGACCUCCUCGAGGAGCGCCUUCUAGCGGCAGAGAAGAGCAUAGUCGCUGUAGGUGCCUCUCGUGGUGACCCUCGUACCCCUGUCUUUGAGGGGUGCUCCCCCUCUCCCCUCUUGCCCUCUGUUGCCUCUGCUGCUGCGGCCGACCUCGUUGGUCUUGAGUCGGUCGCUGCGGCGUCUGCCCCUAGCGGGAGACGCCGCCCUGGCAAGGGCAAGGGGGGCAAGGGUGCUGGAGGAGCUGGAGGGGGCGGUGGAGGCGGAGGUGGAGGUGGUGGAGGGGGUGGGGGUGGCGGUGGGGGUGGUGGCGGGGGUGGGGGCGUCGGUGGCGGGACUGGAGGUGGAGGUGGAGGCGGCGGUGGCGGUGGGAGCGGAGGUGGCGGAGGUGGCGGUACUGGAGGAGGUAGCGGCGGAGGCGGUGGAGCUGGUCGGGGUGGCGCUGCGCAGAGGGGUGGCUCCGGUGGUGGUGCGCGCCAGCAGCAGCAGCAGCAGCGUACCCGUGAGACCCCUUCCCCCCAGCAGCUUCGUGAGUGGUACACUGCUCGUCAGCGGGGCGGGGGUGCUGGCCCCUGUACCUACGUUCUCCGUACCGGCGACCGGGCGGGUGAGCAGUGUGGGGGCGCGCACUCCACCCAGCGCUGCUUCGGCCGUCUGACGGACGCGUGGCGCCACCAGUUCCCCGACGCUACUGAGAUCCCUCGCUGGGGCGAGCUGUCUAGGGCGGGUGUUGCGAUCUAUGAUCUUGAUUAUGAUGCUAUUCUUGCUGCCAUGUAUGCUGUGACUAUUAGUGAUGAGGGUGACUGUUACCGGUGUUUUCCGCCUGACCCAGGCAUAGAGGCUGCUGCGCUAGGUACUUGUGAGGCUGCUGCUCUAGGUGCCAGUGCGUCUGCCGCCCCAGGUGCCGGUGAGUUUGCGCUCUCAGGUGCUGCGUCGUCACCGGACACCCACACCUUCACCCUUGACUCGGGUGCUUCCCGCUCCUUCUUUCGAGACUGCACCACUCUCACGCCGCUCAGUCGGCCUGUUGCAGUCUCCCUGGCAGACCCCUCUGGGGGUCCUGUCCUUGCCCACUACUCCACUGUCCUACCGUGUCCGGCGUUCACCCCUGCGCGUCAGCGGGUGACCCACUGCACGUGUGCGGACACGGGCCGACACUUGGCCACGUUUGCCCGUCGGCCGGGGUCGAGCCUGUACACACUGACUACUGAGUCUCCUCCAGUCACUGAGUCUGCUCAGGUAGCAGCGUCGGGUCAGGUGUUUGCUGCGGCGUCCAGGUCUGGUCCUGAGUCUGCCCCCUGCUCGUGUCGUCUCCUGUCCCACCGGACUCUCCUCUGGCACCACCGCCUUGGUCACCCCUCCCUGCCUCGUCUUCGAGGCAUGGCUUCCCGUCUUCUUGUCUCUGGCCUCCCCCGGUCCCUCCCUCCUCUUCCUCCGGGGCCUGCCCCCACCUGCGUUCCCUGCGUCGAGGGGCGGCAGCGCGCUGCCCCUCACUCCUCCGAGUUUCCUCCGACAGAGGCUCCGCUGCAGACGCUUCACAUGGACGUGUGGGGCCCAGCCCGCGUCCGUGGGCAGGGUCACGAGCGUUACUUCCUGUUGGUGGUUGACGACUACUCGCGUUACACCGCAGUCUUCCCCUUGCGCAGCAAGGGUGACGUCACUGAGGUGUUGAUCGCCUGGAUCCGCGCAGCUCGUCUCCAGCUCCAGGAGAGUUUCGGCUCGGACUUUCCUGUUCGGCGUCUGCACUCCGACAGAGGCGGAGAGUUCUCCUCUGACCUUCUGCGGGCCUUCUGUCGUGCACGAGGCAUCCGCCAGACCUUCACGCUUCCGGACUCUCCGCAGCAGAAUGGGAUUGCUGAGCGCCGCAUCGGCAUGAUCAUGGACGUCGCUCGUACGUCCAUGAUCCAUGCGGCUGCUCCCCAUUUUCUGUGGCCGUUUGCGGUUCGGUACGCGGCGCAUCAGAUCAACCUUCACCCCCGGGUCUCCAUGCCGGAGACCUCCCCUGCUUUGCUGUGGACGGGGAAGGCUGGCGAUGCGUCUGCGUUCCGUGUCUGGGGAUCUAGGGCGUUUGUCCGCGACUUGUCUGCGGACAAGCUGUCCUCUCGUGCUGUUCCCUGCGUCUUCCUUGGCUUUCCCCCUGACGCGCCAGGCUGGCAGUUCUACCACCCCACCUCGCGCCGUGUCUUCGCGUCCCAGGACGUCACCUUUGACGAGUCGGUUCCCUACUACCGUCUCUUCCCCUACCGCACUGCGUCCCUCCCUCCCCCGCCGCUCUUCCUUACGCCAGGUCCCCCUCCGGUAGACCCCCUCCCCCCUCAGGGUCCUGCUCCCUCAGGUGUGUCCCAGGUAGAUGCAGUUGAGCCUAUCGAGGUAGCUGUUGACUCUGGUGCUGCUGGUGGUGCUGAGCCUGGGGGUGCUGGGUCUGGGGGUGCUGCGACUGGGGGUGCUGAGCUUGGGGGUACUGAGCCUGGGGGUGUUGAGCCUGGGGGUGCUGAGCCUGGGGGUGCUGAGCCUGGGGGUGCUGAGCCUGGGGGUGCUGAGCCUGGGGGUGCUGUGCCUGGGGGUGCUGAGCCUGGGGGUGCUGUGUCUCGGAGUGCGGAGCCUGAGGGUGCUGGACCUGCUCGUGUGGCGUCUGGUGGUGCUGAGCCUGGCAGUUCUUCGGGUGCUUCGUCCCGGCGGGAGCUGCUCUCUCCACAGGAGCUGCGUGAGUGGUUCGCCCGGCGCUGGCGGCGUGCUGCUGGAGCUGGUGGUGCUGCGGACGCUGGAGGUUCUACUGCUGCUGGAGCUGCUGGGCCUACGGGUGCUCCUCCUACUGGAGCUGGUGGUGCUACUGGUGCUGCUGGCGUUGGUGCUGCUGGUGCUCCUGGAGCUGGAGCUGCUGCGUCUUCGGGUGGUCCGACUGGAGCUGGAGCUACUGGGGGUGUUGGCGCUGGAGGUGCUGCUGGCGCUGGUGCUGCUGAGGGUGCUGGAGUUGGUGCUCCUGGAGCUGGGGGCACUCCUGGUACUGGUGCUCCCGUUGGGGGUGCUGGUGCUGUUCCUGCUGGCGCUGGUGGAGCUGCGCGGCCACGGCCGUACUUCGUUCCGCUCCUUGAGCAGGUUCUUGGUCUUCCGUCCUCUCUUGGUCCUGCUCCUCCCUUAGCGUGUCCGCCUCCUGUCCAGUCCGAGUCGCAGUUACCGCCGGCCUCCCCGCUUCCUUCUCCUUCUCCCUACACUGGUCCUACUGGAGGUCUUGCUGAGCGUCGUGAGCCUGCGUCUCGCCCUGCGUCGCCUGUCCGCGCUGCUCGCACUAGUGGUCGUGGUUCACGUCAGCGUCCUCCCCCUGUCCCCGGCACGCACCGGAUGUCUCUGCGUCCUUCCACUGCUCCUCUGCGUGCCCCUUUGCCUUCUCCUCCCGCGUCCUCUCUUCCUGACCUUCCUGACCCUGAGUCGGACUCCCUUCGUGCUGCGCGUCCUACUGUCACGCGUCUCCUUGCUACUGUCGUCACUGACCCUUCCUUUGAGUCUACUGCUGCGUCUGCUCUGGUUGCUGAGCUUGUCGACUUCGCUGCUCGCUGUCGCCUAGACUACGCUGCCAGUCUCGAAGCGACACAGCAACCGUCUGAUCAAGACCGAUGCAGGCAGAAACAUUUGAAGUGA